GUAAUAUUCCAGACGAAGUUCUAGUUCCAAGUGUAUGCAGCAAUGGCGGAGGACCAAGGAAGACAAGUAAAGGAACAGCAGCCUAUAGAACGACUAAAUGGACAGCCAGAUUCCACAGAACAGAACUAUCAAACCUUAAAGAUCCUUGCAAGGACAGCUGCUCAAGAAUUUGACGAACUCAAGCUCAGAUGCGAAGAAUAUUAUACCAAGUUCCAAGCCGAGCACGAAAAAUAUCUCAAGGCAAAAGCAGAUCUCGAUCGCCUCAAAAAUAUCUCCAGCCUUGCAUUAGAUGAAUAUGAAAGUCUACAGAGAAAAUAUAAUGUUGAAGCAGAGUGCCGCGACAAGGCAGUGGAGAUUGCCUCAAAGGUAGUAAACCAGAAUAAGCAGCUGAAGAGACAAAGUCAAAUGAUCUUGACACAGAUCUCAGGUCUGAGUGGUGAAGGUCUUAGUCUGGCUGAUCUUCAAGCAGUUGAUGUUGAUAUAGGUGAAGAUUCUCACUCAGACAGUAUCAUUGCCCAAUUACAAGAAGAAAUUAAAGAACAAAGAGAAAAAAUCGAAAACUUAAAAUCAAAAUUAAAAGAUACAAAGAAUGAGUUAAUGAUCUCACAGGAAGGGUUUGAUCAAGAAAAAAAAGCCCACUUAACCACAAGAAAGAAACUAGGAGUAAAUGAGAAGCAGUUGAAGCAGCUAAAUAGAGUAUCUGUGAUGGCAUUAGAGGAAUUUAAUCAUUUACAAGUCAAAUAUGAUGUAGAAGCACAAUGCCGUGCCGAAGCAGAAAAGAUAGCAGCAGAGUCUAAACGGACAGAUGAAGAAUUAAGAAGAAAACGUUUGAUACUGAAGGAGGCUGCAGAUCAAGAUGAGCGGCUGGCUAAAGCAUUUGAAGAAAUAACAAAGCUGAACAAACAGAUUGAGGAGGAAAGAAGGGAGAAAGAAGAAAAGAUAAAAGAGAUGGAAGAAGAGCUGUUAUCAUCAAAAGAUGGAGAAUAUCUGAAAGGAAUAAAGAAUAAACUUGAACUGGCUCAAGAGGAAGUGGAGAAUCUAGAGAAUCAAUUGAUAGAGUCAGAGAAGAAGGUUAAAGAAGCUGAACAUAGAGUUUCAGUUCUCCAAGAAAGCCUUGACGAUGCAAAGAAAUCUUUUCCACCUCCUCCCCCCACUCCUCCAGCACCUCCGCCUCCACCACCACCACCAGGUGUCAUGAAAAAGUUCAAAAAUAUCAUGGGUAAAAAGAAAAAAGGAGAAGGUUUAAAAAGAAAGUCGGAGCCAGAUGAUCCUUUGGCUAAUGCGAUGAAAGAAAUGAUGGAUCGAAUUAACUCAGGAAAAGUGCAAUUAAAACCUGUACAGCGACCCCAAAGACAAUCUGAAAGUGAUGAUGAUGAUUCAGCCAUGUCGGAAUUAGGCAGUCUUCUGAGUACAAUUAAGAAAAGUCCCAGUAUUGAUGACUUGUUAGACAGAUCACCAACAAAAACCUCAGCUGGUUCAUGUGAAUGGAGCACCAUCAAACUGCGCAAGAGAUCUGACCAUGCUUUACCCAAACAGCCAUCAAACAAUGCGUCAGAGGAGGGGGAGCUUCAAAAAGUUCUUAGAAAACCACGAAGUCRCUCUGUUGGGGAUUUAGUAGAUGAAAAGCCCAAAGUACAAGAUGAGGCAACUUCUGAGCUGAGAAAARUUSUUGAAAGGAAAAAGGCUCAGUCUGAGAGAGYAGUGAAAGGGGACAGUGACUCAAGCCCUGAAAAACAAACCUUUGGUGGCUCAAGCCCUGAAAAAAAAACCUUUGGUGACUCAAGCCCCGAAAAACAAACCUUUGGUGGCUCAAGCCCUGAAAAAAAAACCUUUGGUGACUCAAGCCCCGAAAAACAAACCUUUGGUGGCUCAAGCCCUGAAAAGCAAACCUCUGAAUAGUUCUUGCAGCCAGAAAGAAAAGUUGAGCCUGAUGAUUGAAACUAGAACCGUUUGAAGCACAGAAUGUAUGGAAGUAUGGACAGGCAGCUGUCAUUAAGCAUUAAAUGAUAAUAGCAUAGAUCAAAUUGCUGUGCAACUACACUGGAACCAGGGUCACUUAGACCCGAGACAGCAAGAACCAAUCAAACUUUUAAACAACUACUAGAGAGCCAACAUUUUUUUCGUGAGAAUAAAAUUAAUGAUAUGUUGAAAUUAACGGCCAUGGUUUUCUGCUGGUUUAUGAUUGGCUCGACUACCCAAAGUUGUAAUGCAUUGUUUUCAUUCAACAUUUUGAUUGGUUCUCACUGUCUAAGUAACCCCAGUUUUAGAAGUUGCACAGUGGAUUUAAGCACGGUAAAAAAUGCUAUGAGGGCAUAGAAAUGGAUUACAUUAAUUUUUUUGCAGUGCAUUACACGGAGAAAGUAACAUAAAUGUCACUCAUCUAUUUUUGCGAUAUUUAAUAAUUUAGAUACAAUUUUUGGCCAUACGUCAAACAGCUGGUGCGAAUACCAGAAUAAUUUUAGUGGGUGAAUUUCRAAAUAUUUACCUUAAUAUUAGCAGCUUUUGGAAAUAAUUUUUGAUAAUUUUCCAUGUAUUUAAAUAAUAGCUUGUUUAGAGCAAAUGGUUUUGAUUGGAAUAUAGCAAUGGGAUAAUAAUUAAAUAAUUUGAUAUGAAUUAGAAUAAACAUGAUUUUGUCAUGGGUUGGGUGGGUARAAUAACCACCUCCCACAUGUAGCCCAAACACAUUUUUAGAAAAAUUGUUGUUUGAAUGUUGUUGGGUCUCCUAUGGAUUAGUGAGACACUCACAAAAAUAUAUUGUAUACAUGUGUGCAGGUGAGCUGUAAUUAACACCAGCAAUGAAGACUCCACCUUUAAGGUUAUUGAAUGUGGAAUCUCGUAGUUGUAGUUCCUCCAAGAUAUGAGGUAACAGAGUGAGCAUGUUGAUUCCAAUGUACCAGCGCUGUCUUGGACCAAGAGCUCUUUGGUUUGUGCCACUUUUCAUCAACCUUUUCUUUUCCUGAGCACCUUUGAGGAAAUCCUUCACCUCAUCAAUUGGAAUCGCGAAAGAAAUUCCUGAAGCAAACUUGACUGUGAUUGCAUUGAUGCCAAUAACUUGACCAUCCUUUGAAAAAUUCAGAUAAUUAGAAAAAGAGGAAUAAUUCAACACUUCCCUUGUUUGUUUUUGGAAAUCAUUAGCAUUAGCAUUAGCAGUAGUGCAAUUGCAGUAGUACAUUUGCUCCUCGCCUCUGGGGUCUAGGUUUGAUUCCUGGACUUGGCACCACGUGAGUAGAGUUCGUUAGGUCUCUCCCUUGAUUCAAGGGUUUUUCUUCUAAACAGCUAAAUUCCAAUGUGAUCUGUGAGUUACCUAUCAUUUAUUGUGCAUGUGAAGAGGAAUGGAUAAUGCAAGAAUAAUAUUCAUAUCCAAACUUACCAGGUUAACUAGGGGUCCACCAGAGUUCCCAACCUGCAAAUUCAUAUAUUAUGUCAAUUUUAUUUAAAAAUCUUUCAAAAUAAUGGAUAAAACAAAGCAGGGGUGGAGUAGGCUG